UUCCUGUGCUUUCAAUUAUCGGAUGUGGGCAGGCACCUUUUUUAGCAGUGGCCUGGCCUCAUCCCUCCCCCUUUAGUAUCACUGGAAUAGGCUUAGACCCUUGUAGACUUAGACUUAGAGACUGGAUAAUUGUCACUAUUCAUUCAUUCAUCAGUCGUGCAGGCUGUAUGACGUCGUUAUGUAGACUGCGCUGAUAAGUGAUAGCAGGCAAUGCCUUUCAUGAGACCACACUCCACAGGCACAGGCCCCUGAAUGAAGCCUAUUCAAUGAAAAGGAUGGCGAAUUUCAACCUUGAAAAUGACAUGAACAGUUUGCUCAAGUUUGAUGCACCUUUAUCAAAGGGCCCCAUGAUGAGAUGGCAACGAAAGAUGACUGAAAACUCAAUGAAUGGAUCACUAAUGAAUGGGUCCAUGAACUGUUCAGUCUCAAAUACAAGCAUAUCUACCUCAAAGACACCAAUGAAAUCCUCAAGUAGCAAUUCAAGCAUGUCCAGUGGCAAUUUGAACAAGUCAAAGACUCCUUCUGGACUUACAUUUAAAACACCAAAAGGGAAAAAGAAGACCCCGGGUCGUGGAAGCAAGACGCCAAAAACACCAGGUGCAAGUGGUGCCGAUCGAUUUAUCCCAAGCCGAAAUUCCACGACAAUGGAUAUCAGCCAUUACAAGAUGACCCACAGCAAUGAUCAGAAUGUUGACCCAGAGCUGACCAGCCCCUCCAAACUGCACUUCCAGAAAGCAAUGUCGGACAAUCUCAAUGGGGACUGUCUGGAUAAGAAGAUCUUGGCAUUCAGAAAGAAGGCACCGCAGGCACCUGAAGGUCAUCUAAACAACAUGAGAGUAUUAUACAGUCAGAGUAAGACGCCAGGGUCUUCAGUAAGGAAGACAACACGAGUGAUACCCCAGGUGCCAGAAAGGAUCCUUGAUGCUCCAGACAUCCUGGAUGAUUAUUACUUAAACCUUCUGGAUUGGUCCGCCAACAACCAUCUGGCGGUUGCUCUAGGGCCUGCUGUGUACAUCUGGAAUGCCAGCUCGGGAGAGAUUGUCCAGCUUUUCCAGAUGGAGAAUAGUGAAGAAUACGUCUCCUCUGUGGCGUGGAUCAAGGAAGGAAACUAUCUGGCUGUGGGGACCAGUGGUGCUGAAGUUCAGCUUUGGGAUGUAGCUCAACAGAAGCGCUUGAGAACCAUGACCAGUCAAGCUUCAAGGAUUGGAGCACUAUCCUGGAAUUCAUUUAUUUUGAGCAGUGGAUCACGCUCUGGCGCCAUUCACCAUCAUGACGUGCGCAUUGCUGAACACCAUGUAGCAUCUCUAGAGAGUCACAGUCAGGAGGUGUGUGGCUUGAAGUGGUCCCCUGAUGGACGCUACCUCGGAAGUGGCGGCAACGAUAAUGUUCUGAAUAUUUGGUCGGCAGAGUCCACGGGAAGUCCUCUUCACACUUUCACCCAACACAUGGCUGCAGUGAAGGCCCUUGCAUGGUGUCCAUGGCAGCCAAGUGUUCUUGCUAGUGGUGGAGGAACAGCAGACAGACACAUUCGUUUCUGGAACUGCAACACUGGGGUUUGUCUGAACAGUGUGGACACCAAAUCUCAGGUGUGCGCUCUUCAGUGGUCGACUCACUACAAAGAACUGAUCUCAAGCCAUGGCUUCGCGCAGAAUCAGCUAACAAUUUGGAAAUAUCCAACCAUGACCAAAGUCACAGAGUUAGAGGGUCACACAGCGCGAGUCCUUCACAUGGCAAUGUCACCAGAUGGCACCACAGUGGUCUCCGCAGCCGCUGACGAAACGCUACGAUUAUGGAAAUGUUUUGCAGUCGACCAAGAGAAGAAAACUAAGGGCACGAAAACAAUCGCUACGAAACCUAACUCAUUAUUGAGCUUAAGAAGGCUCUAGACCGAUAUGUGAUAAACAUUCCUGAACUGUUGUGUAGACAGUGCAAUAAUUUAUGAAACAUGCAAGUUUGUGUCAAGACUGAGUGACAGUGCUUUGCCAAUGGCGCAUUCAUUGUGCUUUAUUCUGCGGGAAUCUGGAGAUGUACUGUAUGUGCAUUCAAGUGUGAAGCUGAGGAUAAGGACUCGUGCACAAUUGGAUCAUAGACUUGAAAGAUUGCAUGAAUAUGAUUUGUGCAUUUCUGUGAAUGCAUGUCUUACUAACUUCUUUAUCAUGUGAAAACUAUGCUGUUUAGUGGACUGUUAA